UCUUCCUUCAAUUCACUCUUUUACAGCCUUUUACGUGACUCUUCGUGCUCUCUCACCUACAUGUCUUCUCGUGUGGCUAGACUCGUAGCUCCGCCUUGUAGACAUCGCCUCUUUCUGUCUCAGACGUGAUCCAGGACACGUAUAGCCGAGACACGGUUGCUUCCCGUGACCUGGUGUUGAGCCUCAACUGCUACUAGGUGUCAACUAUGUCAGCUGCCCCCCAGGAUGGAUCGAACACGCGCCGGCGGAUGCCGCCCCGGACUCAUUCAACCUUUUUGGCACGCACCGCCAGAGACGAUGCUGAGCAGUUGGCAAGACGAUCUUCUAUAGCACCACUCCCGACUCCCUCGCCCAAUGAAGAGACCCCAUUGCUCGGCCUGCCUGCUCAUUCUGAACGCACGGGGAAUCCAUACGAGCCUGUGCACAACGACGGGACCCAGGAGCAAGAUGAACCAACUUCACCAAACUUCCUUCACAAAUGGCUCACCUCAGCGUGGCACAUCUCGCCAGGCCGUAGACGAACUUCAACUCCGCGCCGAAAACUCGCAGGAGACGCCGUACUAGGAGAUGAUGCUCUGACUGCAGAGAUGCACGCUGCAGAUGUUGCCAAGCGGACCGAUGGGUCGAAGCCACGGCCAGGAGCGUUCCCCAGGCCAGUGGGUGGAACGUCAAAAUUGGGCACGUUUGCUGGCGUAUUCGUUCCUACAACGCUCAAUGUACUCAGUAUCUUGAUGUUCCUCCGUUUCGGCUUCAUUCUGGGACAAGGUGGUGUAUUAGGCAUGAUGGGGUUGCUCAUUGCAUGCUAUGCUAUAAAUCUUCUGACCACCAUGUCCAUCUCCGCCAUCGCCACAAAUGGCACUGUUCGAGGUGGUGGUGCCUAUUAUCUGAUCUCACGGAGUCUUGGUCCCGAGUUUGGGGGCUCCAUUGGUAUCGUCUUCUACCUUGGCUUUGUUUUCAACACCAGUAUGAAUGCCGUCGGUCUCAUUGAUUGCUUCAUUGAAAAUUUUGGGUCAAUGACCGGUGGUUGGCAUCAGUGGAUGCCGGAAGGUUUCUGGUGGCAGUACCUGUGGUCGACAGUCGUUUUGCUGGCCUGUACUGGUAUCUGUUUGGCUGGAAGCGGCCUCUUUGCCAGAGCAAGUAACGGUCUGCUUGCCAUCUUGCUUAUAGCUACCUUCAGCAUCCCAUUCUCAGCUCUGAUUAUGAGCCCAUUCGAAAGCCGCAGAGAAGGUAUUCAAUAUACCGGCCUGAGCCUUGACACCUUUCGUGGUAAUCUCAUGCCUGCUUUGACUAAAGGAGCAGCCGGCAGUCAACUGAAAGGAAGAGAAAACUUCCAGGACCUGUUUGGGAUCCUGUUUCCUGCCACAGGCGGCAUAUUUGCUGGUGCGAGUAUGUCAGGUGAUCUGAAGCAUCCAAGCAAAGCUAUCCCUAAAGGCACUCUCUAUGGCCUGCUACUCACUUUCGUCUCGUAUACCGUUGUCAUCCUGUCAAUGGCGGCUACUAUAACCCGCGCAUCUUUCUACCGGAACACAAAUGUCAUCCAGCUUGUCAAUGUCUCUGGAGUCAUUAUCCUCCUCGGAGAAUUCGCAACGUCCUUGUUCUCGGUUUUGAUGGGAGUAAUUGGCUCUGCCAAACUACUUCAAGCUCUCGCUCGUGACCACCUCAUUCCAGGUCUCUCUGUAUUUGGCCAAGGUACUGCCAAAGCGGACGAACCGACCUAUGCGAUAUUCAUAACGUACGUUGUGGCACAGCUAACUAUGCUUUCCGACAUCAACCAAAUCGCUUCUUUCAUUACGAUGACCUACCUCAUGACUUUCUUAGUCACCAACUUAGCUUGCUUCCUUCUCAAAAUCAGCUCAGCCCCAAACUUUCGGCCAUCCUUUCACUAUUUCAAUUGGCUGACGGCUGCUAUUGGAACGGUCGUAAGUGGAGCGACGAUGUUUUUUGUGGAUCAAUACUAUGCAUCAGCGUGUGUCGCCAUACUCAUCAUACUGUUCCUUCUAAUUCACUAUACAACGCCACCAAAGCCAUGGGGAGACGUGAGCCAGAGCCUCAUCUACCACCAAGUCCGGAAGUAUCUUCUUCGGCUACGGCAAGAGCACGUCAAAUUCUGGAGACCCCAGAUUCUAUUGUUUGUCAACGAUCCGCGACGGCAGUACAAGCUCAUUCAGUUUUGCAACUCUCUCAAGAAAGGUGCUCUUUUCGUUUUAGGCCAUGUGAUCGUUACCCAAGAUUUCGGAGGAGCAGUACCGGAAGCUCGACGUCAACAAACAGCGUGGACGAAAUAUAUCGACUUUUCCAAAAUCAAAGCGUUCAUCAACAUCGCAGUCUCGCCUGCCGUGGAGUGGGGCGCCCGGAAUAUCGUUCUCAGUGCAGGCUUGGGUGGAAUGCGACCGAACAUUGUGGUGAUGGGAUUCUACAACCUCGGCGAACUAAGAGAGUCGAACCCUCUCAUCGAAAUCCCGUCUCCUCAACACUCUCGGCCUACGUCAGCUUCUCAGAGUCAACAGACUGCCAAGGGAAACGCAAAAGGCGCAAAAGACGCGAAUCCCCAUGGUAGACUACCUACUGACACUAUGAGGAGAGAGAAUGCUAUUGGCGUACAAAACUACGUCACCAUACUCGAAGAUCUCUUACUCCGAUUGCAAAUCAACGUUGCCGUGGCAAAAGGAUUCCAAGAUCUAGAAAUGCCAGGGCCAAAACCCUCGCGAAUGGAGGGAUUGUUCUCUUCGCUGCAUUUUGGAGGCGAGGAUGUGGAAGAAAGUUCCAAGAAGCACAUCGAUAUGUGGCCUAUACAGAUGUCAGCUGAGAUAUCAACAGGUGGUGAAGGCAAUUCGUCCAGACGAAACGUCUUGACGACUAAUUUCGACACUUAUACGCUCAUAUUGCAGCUAGGGUGUAUCCUCAACACUGUGCCUUCUUGGAAACGAGAAUAUCGGUUACGAGUUGCUGUAUUCGUGGAGUACGAGUCGGAUGUGGAGGAAGAGCGAGGCCGUGUCACUGCUCUUCUCACAAAUCUGAGGAUACAAGCUGAGGUCCUUGUCUUUUGGCUGGCUUGUGGAGAUCUGAAAACCUAUGAAGUCAUCAUCAACGGCAACACCGAAGGCGAGAAUGCUGAAGCUGCUGAACAGAUUGACGAAGUUCUUAGGGAAGAAGAAUGGUGGCAGGAUGUGCAAAAAUUGCGAGGCAAAACUGGGUCUAUUAGCUCUAGUCAGGAGCUGGCGCGCGUUGAGGACUUGCUCGGUGCGGUCACCAGCUGGCCAACCUCUUCCUUCGUCCAUGGGCGAAGCGAACCCAAGGCAAACCGAUUUGAAGGGCUAAAGAAGAUGCUUCGCAGAACAAAACGGAAGGCUUCGAUUUCGGAUAUCAAUCAACUCGGCGCCAACAUCGGCAUGCGAACUCACCGACUAGCCGCAGAUCUUGUGGAUGGGCAAAGCAGUGAGAGUGAGGACUCAUUUUCCGCAGAGCAAAGCGAUGACGAAGCUGUACACACUGAAAGUAAAGACCUUGCAGCCAGCGAGAACGAUCUUUCGGAUUACGAUUUGGACGCUUCUGACGAUGAACGACCAAUUACACCAGUCAGGCGCACGAAGAGCAUGGGUGCCAGUAUGCGGCUGCCAUUUCUCUCACGAAAAUUCAUUCUCCGCAAAUUCUCGGACACCGGCCGGGGGAUGUCAUCAGCGACUUCAGAAGUCACACCUCUCCGACCACACCCCGAUGCUACAGCAUCCGACACAGCCCUGGUUGGUGGAGCUCCUAAAAGCGCUCCACCUAGUAGCAACCCGCAGAGUAAGCCUCAGACUCCUGGCUCCUCAACCCAAAACUUCCAAUCCUCAGCUCGACCGCCCAUGAUGCGAAAUCAAUCUAUGCCCAAAUUCUCCUCGAAGCCAGUGCCAAGGACGAAAAUAGCUACAGAAGACGGCCCUGGUCCGUCCAUCAUGUUUACCGAUCAACCUUCGCCCGAUCGUGACCCAGGAAAGGAAUCCAUUUACCACCACCCUUCUCCAUCUCCAUCUACCGUCCCUACGGACCCCUUCGCCCCUCAAUUCACAUCUCGCAAAUCGACACAAGCCACGGGGUUCCCCCUGCCCUCUUCCCUCCCCCUAAGCUUCAACGAUCUUCCAUGUCGAGCCCAGCACCUGAUCUUGAACGAGUUGAUGCGGACUCACUCGGGAUCCAACACCGCGGUGCUCUUCACCACACUACCAAGUCCACUCGAGGGAACGUGCGAGAGCGAAGCGGAUAGCGUGAGGUAUCUUGGAGAUUUAGAGGUCUUGUGCCAGGAUUUGCCGCCGGCGCUGUUGGUGCAUAGUAACAGCAUGACGGUAACAAUGAAUUUGUAGAGCUUGCAAAUAGAAUUUAGAAAUACCGCAGAUUAUAAAAUUACCUAUAUCUCUGAUAUCUUCGCA